AUGGGUAGAGACAAGAUUUGAACUUGAAUCCAGAUUUCAAUAAUCUCGUAGACCAGGAUUUACAGUAUCUUCACCGUGGGAUGGCUUCCAAUAGCUGGAAAAACAAAGUUCUUUUGAAUGUGCUUUCCUAUCUUGACUACAAGACAGGAAAAUUCAUCAUUGUAGGAAGCAAGAGAGUCGGCAGUUUGUACAGAGUUAUACAAUUAUCCAUCAUUGGAUACCUUGUUGGGUAUGUAUUCCUGAGCAAGAAGUCCUACCAGACCAAAGAGGAAUCUAUCCAGAGUGCUGUGAUGACCAAACUGAAGGGAGUGGCAGUCACCAACACAUCAGAGUCCGGACGGAUGGUGUGGGGACCUGUGGACUAUGUCAUUCCACCUCAGGGGGAAGCAGUUUUUUUCAUUGUUACCAAUUUUAUAGAGACCCCAAACCAGAAGUUGGGCAACUGUGCUGAGAGCCCCAAUGUGCCAGAUGGCCACUGUAAGGGAGAUGAAGACUGUGCAGAGGGAGAGUUGGUGGUAGCUGGCCAUGGAGUUAGGACAGGCCGCUGCUUGAGAGACAAUGGGAAAUCCAAUGGUACAUGUGAGAUAUAUAGCUGGUGCCCCGUUGAGAGAAGAUGCCAACCACAGGAUAGACAUAAACACAAGAAUAUGUUAAGAGAAGCUGAAAACUUCACCAUCUACAUAAAAAAUGUAAUCCGAUUUCCCAAAUUCAGUUUCUCAAAGGCCAACGUUCAGGACACGGCUGAUAAAUUCCAUCUGAAGAAAUGUCGCUACGAUGAGGCUCUUGAACCCUACUGCCCCAUAUUCCGUCUGGGAGACAUUGUUAACCAGACUGGACACAGCUUUCAGGACAUGGUUUUGAAGGGUGGUUUAAUUGGAAUUCUGAUUGGGUGGGAGUGUGACCUUGACAGAGAUCCCUCAGAGUGCCAGCCACGGUACAACUUUACUCGCAUUGACGUUAAUGUGUCCAGAGAGUCCUCAGGAUUCAACUUCAGGCAUGCUCGCUAUUUUAAAACUGAGUCUGGAGAAAGCUACCGAACACAUUUCAAAGUGUUUGGUAUACGUAUCAACAUUAUGGUGCAUGGGAAGGCUGGAAAGUUCUGUAUCAUCCCCACCAUUAUCCAUAUAGGCUCAGGACUAGCUUGUAUUGGUGGUGGGGCCUGGUUCUGUGACUGGAUUCUUCUCUACCUGAUGAAAAAUAGGGAGUUCUAUAAGGACUGGAAGUUUGAAAAUGUGAAGAACAGUACUACAGAGGAUAUAAAACAAACCCCAGAAGAGCAGCAGCUCACUGACCCAUCGCCUGAGGAUUAACACCAUGGCAGCAGCUCACUGACCCAUCGCCUGAGGUUUAACACCAUGGCAGCAGCUCACUGACCCAUCACCUGAGGUUUAGCACCAUGACAGCCGCUCACUGACCUAUCACCUGAGGUUUAACACCAUGCCAGCAGCUCUCUGACCCAUCACCUGAGGUUUAACACCAUGGCAGCAGCUCACUGACCUAUCACCUGAGGUUUAACACCAUGGCAGCAGCUCUCUGACCUAUCACCUGAGGUUUAACACCAUGGCAGCAGCUCACUGACCUAUCACCUGAGGUUUAACACCAUGGCAGCAGCUCACUGACCUAUCACCUGAGGUUUAACACCAUGGCAGCAGCUCACUGACCUAUCACCAGAGGUUUAACACCACGGCAGCAGCUUACUGACCUAUCACUUAUGGUUUAAUCAUGGCAGCAGCUCACUUAGCCUUGCCUAGUUAAAUAAUGGUUAAAUCCAAAAACAAAAGAAGCCGAAAUAAAAGACAUGCCUUAGCGGGAUGCCACACAUUCUGGUCAUGAGGAGAAAGAGAAAAACUGUCAGGGAGGUUCUCUUCUUCACUGUUCAACUAAUCCACACUCUUUUAGGAUCCAGGUAGAAGCCUUUUUGGUUCCAGGCAGAACCCUUUUGGGUGCCAUGUAGAACAAAAAAGGGUUCUUCAAAGGGUUCUCCUAUGGGGACAGGUGAAGA